AUGGCUAAUGACGCUUUCAAUUUCUACGGCGACGAGUCAGACGACGCGAAGCCCGUUCAGAACAACUUGGACGACUUGAACGACGCAGUCGGCAGUGCUAGUGGUGAGGACGACGACUACAUCGAGGACGCUGCUCAAGCAGCUGACGAUUCCGAUGAUGGCGACUUCAAGCUCGACGGCUAUGAAGAUCUUGGUAUUCCAGAAGAAGAGGUCGAGGACGAGGUAGAUGACUACGAUCCCGAGUACGACGACAACAUGACCGGUCAGAAGCGCAAGCGCGUUCGAACCAAUAACGCCUCCAAGACCAAGGGUCUUCAGCGAUCCGUCAUUGGUGUCCCAACUGGCGACGCUGAGGCUUUCAUAUUGGAUGAAGACAACAGCUUCCUCUACAGCAAGCCUUCGCGCAAGCCCGGUACCUUUGGCCGUGUUGACCGUCGUAAGGGCGAGAGUCUCCCAGCUUAUCACAAGCGUGUCACUCAUGAGUUGGACUCUGAUGACGAACUCAUGAUGACGAUGCGUGAGAAGGGCUUCAGUGAUCGCCAGAUCGCCGACAAACUCGCCAAGGAUGGCCGUGUUCGCUACGACCAGAAGUCCAUCUCCACGCGUAUCAUGCGCAUCCGCCUUGCUCAGUGUGAGAACGUCGACUUCCUUCUGAAGGAGGGAUACAAGGAGUGGGAAUACGCUGAUGAUGAACUUCUGGUUCAGUCUUACGCUCUUGCCGACAUCGAGGUCAACUAUGAGUUGGAGCGCAUUCGCGCCUGGCGCUUCCGCAAAGUCUCCGAUUACAUGCGUCGCCUGAACAAGAACGCACUCUUCUCUGCCAAGGCCUGCCGUAACCGUUACAAUGAACUUGUCGAAGGCACAGCCCGCAUUCCUACCGAUAUGGAUGACGAUCCCGACGCCCGCCGUAUGGAUAUGGAAGAGUACCGCAUGAUGCGUGAGAAGACCCGUAUCAAGGAGCAGGCCGACAAGGACGCCCUGGAAGCUGCCGAGGCUAAGAUCAAGAACGAUGCCAGGGUGCUCAACGCUCAGAAGGCAGAGGAGAUUGCAGAGAAGCGCCAAGCCAAAGAGCAAGCAAAGGCUCAUCGUGCCAUGACCCGUGCCGCCCAAGCCCAAAUCCGCCUUGCCCGAGCCAACGCGAAUAGGAUCUCGAAGACUCAGCGCAACACCCAGAUCAAGACCAAGGGCAAAGCCCCGGAAACAAAGAAGAACGAGGACGCCUCUCCGGCCCCGACCAAGACCAAGACCACGACCAAGAAAGUGGACCCCAACUACACCGAUCCGCGUUCUUACCUCUCCUUCCUUGAUCUGAAGAAGAUGUGUGAGAAUCGUGGUAUUGAUCUUCCGCGCAGGGUGGACAAGGACACUCUGCUGCAGGCUAUAGUUGAUGCUGAUGACGAGUACAACCAGAGCGAACUCAAGAAGAUGUGUCGCUCCAAGGGCUUGAAUGCCAACACCAGUAAGCUGGUGAUGAAACAAUCGCUGGCGUUGGCUUCGGCAAAGGCUUGUGACUCGUACGAUGCAGGGGUUGCCGCUGCCAAUGGCACUGCCAUUACUACUGUUGAGAACGACGGUGACGAUGAGAUGGACAUGGAGGAGGAGUAG